AUGGCCGAAGACAGAAAGAGCAGCCUACGAUCCAGCAAACAGAAUGUCAUGGUGGUCAUCCCAGCCCGCCCCGACCUAGACCGCACCAAGCCCAAGGCGAUGGCCGCCCCAGCCCGGAGAGAGAUCCGCCCCAAACCGAGCCGCGCAAAGGUCGUCUUCGACAUCCCGUCGUCGCCUACAACUGAAGACUCGGAAACCGACGAGGAGCUCGACUGGACGAUCACCAGCAAGAGUCGCCACCCAGGCUCGCCUACGCCCUCCUCCUCCAAAAGACUCAAAACUCACCACCCCUCCUCCUCUCCUCCCCCCAAGAUCCUCCGCAAGCUCAAACCUUCCCUGCCCCGAGCCUCCGCGCCCCGCCAAAAACCGGCUAAGAAGCCCGUCAAAUCCUCUCCUGCCAUGCCCCUCCUCCCUAAAUCCAAAGCCAGGCCUGCUGCCCCCCUUGCUCUUACAGAUGUCAAGACACUCCGGGGAAUGGACACAAUCAUGGAAGAGCAAUCCGAAUGA